GCGCAAGACAGUUAUUUAUUCGAUAAGUGCAUUUAAGGCGAAAUUUUUUUGUACGCAUCACUUAGUGCAAAACGCAAUGGAAUUUACAUCGAUACUAAGUAUUUUGAUUUUUACUACAGUAUACAAAAACGUUGGAUGUUCAUGUUAUUACUACUUUGAUGGAUAUAAUAACAUUCGUGACUGCAGCUACAAAAGAGAAAUCUAUACGAAGCUUAGUAUCUGUUAUGGAUCAAUGUUUGGGGUCGGUGUAAUUGUCGGCGUUAUUGUAUGGUGUUGCUGCGCCAUGAAGAAAAAUCAAGAUCAAUCUAACAGAACAAUUAAUGCUGUAGUAGUCCCAAGAACAGGUAAUCAUGCCACUCAGAAUCCCUAUAUCAUGAUGGGACCGACACAAUAUGGAAGUCGACAGGAACAAGUGACGAGAUCUGGGCGGAUCCCAUCCAAUAAUUCUGGUGCUCUAGGAUAUCCAGCGGGAACAUUCCAGCCAUAGGAAAGAGUAAACUUAAGGAGAAUGAUUGUAGUUGACCUGACGAAAGUAGCUAUAAUGUAAAUUGGAAAGAUGGUUUCUAAAACAUACUUCAUACAUUACUAGUUUUAUUGUGACUGACGCUAUAUGAUAAAAAUACUUGUGUGCAUUCAACAUCAUUUUAUCCAUUUGACAUUAUACUUACAUCGACAUCAUACAUACAUGUAGUCGGGGUGACAAUUUGUUAAACUUUUAAAUCUAUUUGGAUUGAACACUCUUAAUAAAAGUCCACAGUAAAAAAAAAUAAU